AUGGAUCGCAGUUUCAAACUCGCAAGCAACGCGUCAAUCCAUGGCGGAAUUAUUCCCCUGGAGCCAGUGAACGAAACUAAGCUCAGAACAGCUAAUCUCAAUCAAGCAUCCCCUAAGAUUGACACUGAACCCGAUAUCCCUGCUGCAGAAAACAGCAACGACAAUGUCUCAAGUCAAAGCCAAACGAGCGACCUGGGGAUAUCCAAGACCAGAGGAGUCAUUGUUAUUAUAACUCUUGCUGGUAUCAGCUUUCUCAACACAAUGGGCUCAGGCAUCCUCAUCGCUGCCCUCCCCAAAAUUGCCCAAGAUGUCGGUCUUUCAGAGAAUCUCAUCCUUUGGCCUGCAGCAGUGUACGCGCUCGCAGCUGGAUGUCUUCUUCUCAUCUUUGGUGCGAUUGCAGAUGUUGUCGGUGCCAAAUUGAUGUGGGUGACUGGAAGCUUCCUCUUUGUCGUCUUUACCUUGGCUGUUGGGCUGGCUCGGACUGGAAUCCAGAUUAUUCUCUUUAGGACAUUGCUCGGGGCUUCUAUCUCAAUGUGUCUCCCCACGGCGGUUAGCUUAAUCGCCAACACCUUUCCCAAAGGACCCUGGAGGAAUGUCGCCUUUGCUAUCAAUGGCAUGGGCAGUCCCCUAGGAUAUGCACUGGGUCUCGUUCUGGGAGGCAUCUUCACCGAUACUAUUGGUUGGAGGUGGGCCUACUACAUGAUGGCCAUCAUCAACUUUUGUCUGUCAACGGGUGCGAUAUGGUCUCUGCCUUCUGUCUACACCCACUCGGAGAGGAAAUGGACGACUAGACUGAAAUAUGAGAUUGACUGGGUUGGAGCAGCGACCAUGAGUGUGGCACUUGGCAUGCUUCUCUAUGUUCUAGCUAUGAUAUCUUCGUCAUACAAGAGACUCGAUGACCCUGCCAAUAUCGCCCUUUUGACAAUAGCCAUUGUCUUAUUAGUGGCAUUCCCAUUCUGGAUGGACUAUCAAGUCAAGCAUGGAAGACCAGCUCUCAUACCCAACAGUUUAUGGAGGAACCGAUCCUUUACUUCUGUCUGUAUCGCUGUAUUCCUCUGCUGGGCUUCACUCAACGGCAUCGAGUACUUUACUACCCUUUACUUUCAAAAAGUAGAAGGCCUCUCAGCCCUGCAAAGCUCGCUCCGAUUCCUCCCACACGUGAUAAUGGGCGUGGCAGUGAAUAUUAUAACUGGUAUUCUCAUCGCCAAAGUCAAAGUGAGAACACUGGCUGUUAUAUCAGCCCUCGUAACAAUGGUGGCAGCACCACUCAUGGCGACUGUUGACGUAGGUGAGAAUUACUGGCUUGCGCCUUUUUGGGCCAUGUUCCUUUCACCCGUCAACCCAGAUGUUCUUUUCACCGUAUCGAAUCUUGUCAUUUCCGACGCCUAUCCCCCUGAGAUGCAGUCCCUUGCUGGCGGUGUUUUCAACGAGGUAGCGCAGUUUGGGAAUUCCGUCGGGCUGGCGAUCACUGCUGCUAUCGCUGCGUCUGUUACAGAGCACUCCGGAAUUACGGGGCGUGAAGAGGCUUUGAUGAAGGGCUACAGGGCUGCUUUCUGGACCAUAUUUGCUAGUUGCACUACUGUAACUAUCGUAGUUUGGCUUGGGUUAAAGAAAGGGGGUAUCGUUGGCAAGAAGCAAGACUAG